AUGGCUUCCACUUCCGAUGCCUGGGCCGCCAAGAUGUCUGUAGAAGACUUGGUCAAGGGGGCAAAGGCAACCGCUGAUCUGGCGGGUUUGGAGUUUGCCCUAGACACCUCCUUUCUAUCAAGAGAAGCACUGCUGCAGGCCAUUCAGGCUACAGCAGCACCGAGCCCCCUUCUCGCUGUCAAGAAUGAGCCGGUUAAGGCGGAACCAAUUGAGAUGCAGCAGACACAAGCAAAGAUCAAGGAGCUGGAGCAACAGCUUGCAGCAACAAAAGCAGCACCCCCGAAACAAGUGCCGUGCCAAACCCCGCAAAACCGAAUCCGAUCCAAAGGCCAAGCGAGCCCUGCAGCUACUUCAGCCCAAGCAGCAGCACCAGCACCAGCUGCCGUCGCAGAAGACGAGGAUGAGGAGGAGCCAGAGGAACAGGACGAUCAAAUCGGCAAGGUCAUGGUGACCUCGCCAGACGGCACCAUCGUCUUGACCCAAGAUGCAUUGAGAAUGCGGUUAAAGAGGAUGUGCGAGCAAAAAAAGAAAUCUCACAAGUGUCAUGUCGACAAUGAAACUCACGAGCAGUAUGCCAGUGGAGGGCCACAGCGAGAGUGGCUAGAGAUGGCACUGCUAGAAGCAUUGCAAGAUGUGGGAACGGUUGCACUGGGACGUGGCAAGGCAGCCCACAAGCAAGCAUCCUUCAAGGUCAGGGUGACACAGAUUCGAGAACGCCAGAUGCUCAAGGAGUCCGAGACGAACGGGGAAUGGCUCACGGAGGAAAAAAUGAACAAAUCGGGUGAAUACAGCAAGCAGACCAUCAAGUCGAUCAUUGCAUUCUGUGAGCGAUUUCCACAGAUCUUGACGAGGAAAUGGAAGUACGACAACAGUGUAACGGAGUACUUCGUUGAGAUUUCGACAAAACAGACCAUCAAGCACAGCGAGCUGCUGAAACGCAUCGAGAACAUGGAUCUUGGAGAUGCCCAGCUGCAUUGGGACGGCGAUAGCAUGAACCUGGGUUGCAGUCACUUAUGCUACUGA